UCACGUGAGUGAUUUCUGUAAAAUCAGGUGCGACCUCGGGUCACGAGAAAAAAAAAAAUCGCUGACCAAAUUCACAACUAAAACUACAUAAUUACCGUGUCAGUUCCUUAGUUGGUCUGCUGAAGAAACCCAUUAUAGGAAACUGAUCGUGGCAGGACACUCCCAAGCUAAGAGCUUAAGUAAAAGUGAGGGAUUUAAUCGGUAAUUCUUGGAUUGAAAAUCGGAGGGAUUGCCCUUGUUGAAGACGACCGUGUUUGCUUCGAAUAGCCUACGGUGGAGUACACGCAAUUUACGGUAGGUUUUGGGCGAGGCUGACCCACUAUGGAGAACGGAAUAGGAGUGCCAAGGACUCGCAUGGAAGCGAACAGAGAACACGUUUUGGCUGUGAAGAGGAACUACAUUUCAAAUCCUAGAAUAACAUACAAGACAGUGUCUGGAGUAAACGGACCAUUGGUCAUUCUUGACAAUGUCAAGUUUCCAAAGUUUGCAGAGAUUGUCAAUUUGACGCUCGCUGAUGGAACCCAGAGAAGUGGACAGGUCCUGGAGGUCAGCGGGUCAAAGGCCGUAGUUCAGGUAUUUGAAGGGACCUCAGGUAUCGAUGCCAAGCACACAACAUGUGAAUUCACCGGUGAUAUUCUGCGAAUCCCUGUAUCUGAAGAUAUGUUAGGUCGUGUUUUCAACGGUUCUGGCAAAGCUAUCGACAAGGGGCCCCCAGUACUAGCAGAAGAUUACUUAGAUAUUCAAGGUCAACCAAUCAAUCCCAACUCUCGUAUCUACCCGGAAGAAAUGAUCCAGACGGGUAUCUCAGCUAUCGAUGUCAUGAAUUCCAUCGCUCGCGGCCAGAAAAUCCCCAUCUUCUCAGCUGCUGGCUUGCCACACAAUGAGAUUGCAGCUCAGAUUGUGAGACAGGCUGGGCUGGUCAAACAGCCACAGUCGGACGUCAUGGAUUCUCAUGAAGAUAACUUUGCCAUCGUCUUCGCUGCUAUGGGUGUAAACAUGGAAACGGCGCGUUUCUUUAAGCAAGACUUUGAAGAGAACGGCUCCAUGGACAAUGUCUGUCUUUUCCUCAAUCUGGCCAACGAUCCUACUAUUGAGCGUAUUAUCACACCACGCCUGGCGUUGACGGCUGCUGAGUUCUUGGCCUACCAGUGUGAGAAACACGUCCUGGUUAUUCUGACUGACAUGAGCUCUUACGCUGAAGCUCUACGUGAGGUUUCAGCAGCUCGUGAGGAGGUUCCAGGCCGUCGCGGUUUCCCUGGUUACAUGUACACUGAUCUCGCGACCAUCUACGAACGAGCAGGGCGUGUUGAAGGACGUAACGGUUCCAUUACGCAGAUCCCAAUCCUGACCAUGCCUAACGAUGAUAUCACCCAUCCCAUACCUGAUCUGACGGGUUACAUUACUGAGGGUCAGAUUUACGUCGAUAGACAGCUCCACAACCGACAGAUCUAUCCACCGAUCAACGUUCUGCCGUCUCUCUCUCGUCUGAUGAAAUCUGCCAUCGGAGAAGGAAUGACCAGGAAAGACCACGCAGAUGUGUCCAAUCAGCUGUAUGCCAACUACGCCAUCGGGAAAGACGUACAGGCCAUGAAAGCAGUGGUGGGAGAAGAAGCACUGACACCGGACGAUUUGCUGUAUCUGGAAUUCCUGGGCAAAUUUGAGAAGAAUUUUAUCGCCCAAGGGAGUUACGAGAAUCGUACCGUCUUUGAUUCUUUGGAUGUCGGUUGGCAGCUUCUGAGAAUCUUCCCCAAGGAGAUGUUGAAGCGAAUUCCCCAGAGCACACUGGCAGAGUUCUACCCUCGCGACGCCCGCCGUUAAUCCACUCAAAUCCUGACAAAUAUCAACAUUUCAACUAUUCCUUUCAUCGUUCAUUCAUUUUAGUCAAGCUUAUGCUGGGAUGUGAACAAUUUGCCAUUUGUACAAUAGCUGGAGAUAACUUUCUCAAAGUGUUGUGUUGGAUGCUAAAUUUCAUUGUUUCAAUGGCAGGUCUAUAUCAAGUUUUGUCUCAUAGAACAUUCCGUGCUUGUUUUGACUUGAAGUCGGCUUUGGUGCUUAGCUUUGAUAAAUUUGUGCCACGUUCCUUGAAAACAGUUUUCUUCAAAGCUACAAAUUUGAUCGCCAAAGUGAAUGUAUUCUACUUGCAUCAGAAAUCAUGGCUGAUAUUGCAUCCCAAGCAGAACUGUUUGCUUUUUCAAUUAUUUUAAGUUAUUCUUCCUCUGUUUCCUUGUUCUUUUAAGUCUAUUUCAUGCUAACAUCAUUUGCUUCAUUCUUUCAGAUGUCACGAUAAGUUUAGCGAAAGGUUUGGUCUUGUAAAUCUUACUAUGAAAGUCAAAGCAUAUUUUAUUGAUAUUGUGAUUAAGAAAAAGUAAAUAAAACAGUGUUUUAGACUCAAAAAGAUAUAUAAAGGGGGUAUAAAGAUAACUAAUCUAACUAUUUUCAGAACGAUUUAAUUUCAGAGGACAAAACUUGACCUUUGACUUUUUCUUCGUAUUUUAACAAGUUGGGAUAUAUACUAGCAAUACUUAUUUGAGUAAAUUUAAUGCAAUUUGGCUGUAUAAAAGUAUAUAUCGGUGUAUGAAAUGUUUGUCGAAAAAAAAAUUGUCGUCCUAGAUGUGAAAAUAUGUAUUACUAUGAUAUAUGAGUACUAUGAUAUGUGCUAGUGGAAUAGAACAGAACCCAUCCGCUAAAGUACAGUGCCGCAGGUUGCGGGUUCGAAUCCCCGAAAUUUUACAUUUUUAUUUUUUCCCCCAACAGUGAAUUUUCUGUCCCAAAUUGUGUUUAUGAUCAAGUCCUACUUGAUCAUGGCUCUGGAGGAAUGUUUUUUUCAGGGAGGUCAAGUCAGAGAAACCAUUCCAAACUGAUCGCAUGUACAUUAUGUCAUUGACUAAUCUUAGUUGUGGAAAAAAUAAUUGCCUCGAUGACAAGUGCAGAUGUUGUUUUCUUUUUGUUGCAAAUUUAUUUGGAUGCUGCAACAAAAACUUCUUUGCAAAUUCCUUGAUGCAUAAAUUAAAAGAGGCUUGUCUAAAGUGAAAUAUUGAAGAAGAAAAAAGGAAGGUAGUUUAUUGACCUUUCAUUUUCCCAGCAAUAUUUUUGAAUGUAUUCUCAACAGUCCAGUUAGUUUACAGUCAUGAGAUUGGUGACCAUGGAACAGAUUUCAAUUAAGUAUCAAAUUUCCAGCAGAUCUCCAAGCAUAAAUUAAAUUAUUGUCAAAACA